AUGGCAGAUUUGUCAAUAACCACCUUCAAACCUAAAGAGAAUGGUUUCUCGGCAAUCAAGUGUCCGAUGCUCACCACCACCAACUACACGGUUUGGAGUAUGCGCAUGAAUGUUUUGCUCAAAGUGCAUAAGGUUUGGGAAGCAAUCGAUCAAGGUAGUGAUGAUGGAGACAAAAGUGAUAUGGCUCGAGCAUUCUUAUUUCAAUCAAUCCUUGAGAGUUUGGUUCUUCAAGUUGGUACUCUAGCAACUACAAAGGAAGUUUGGGAUGCGAUUAAGACUAGGAAUGUAGGAGCUGAUAGGGUCCGAGAGGCGAGGUUACAGACGCUUAUGGAUGAAGAUGAAAGAUACAGAAACCAUAGAUGA